AGAUGAAGCGGAGGAGGGGAACUGCACCACAAUGCCCUGGCUCUCACUUCUUCAGAAGCCCUUGGCAACUUCAAACCCCCUCCAGGCUUCUGCCAGCAUUUGCAUGUCAAAGUGUGGGAUGAGUGCCUGUACGCUGGAAUAUAUCUCUUGGUAUGUGUGCACUGCUUUCGGGGCUGAAGCUCCACUGCAUGGCCACUGUGAUUAUUUACAAAUUCAGACCUGCGUGUUGUUAUCAAAUACGGAUUAAGGUAGGGAUGAAGGUGUCUCCAUGUUCCACAACAGCUUUUGUACACGGUGCCAGACCUGCAUACAUGAAGUGGCUUUAAUACAUGGAAAUAGUAACAGAAAUAGUUGAGGAUACCUUCAGUUUUUAAUGUGUAAUCUUGCUUUACUGCAUUGCGACUAUGGUGUGCCGACUAUAUUUGCAGAGACUCACUUGAAAAAGUGUGAGCAGUGAAAACCUGAUGGAAACGUAAUUUGGAACUUUGGUAUGCGUGAUGCUGUCAAGCUGAAGGAAACCUCCAUGCCCUCAAGGAGAAGUGAUUUGUUCCCAACUUAUUACCACUGAAAGAGAAACUUGAGCAACUCCCAGACAGGAUACAUGUGUAUUAUAAUCAUAAUUUACAGCAUUACUGUAUUUAUCCACAGCUGAUUCCCAUCACGGAACCAGACUACUAAGUGCUCCAAACUAAAGUGCUACUAACUGCUUACCACUCAGUACCACUGAGAUUUGUCAUUCCAUUGUGUUGAGAGAGUGCCUGGUGUCUUGUAGGGCUUUUUCUUUUUUGAGAAGAAACUGCUUGGAAUAACAUCAGCAGUAAAACUGAUGUGAUGGAUUUCUGCCCGAAGUUGCACUGCAAUUGUAAGGGUUGGUUAGAUUUGCUUCCCUUGGACUAUGUAAGGAUUCAGUGAUGCGGUCUUGAAUGAUGACAUAAAUCACAUUUGCUCCUUCCAGCCCAUUAGGCCAUUAUUGUACCAAGGAUCCAUAUAUAUCCCAUAGGACAAAAAAGGAGGCCGCAUUGGACCAUAUAUAGUACUUGCUGGUGGAGUUUGAAACUAUUCAACUUCUUUGAAAGAGUGCAUGGCGAUAUAACAUGUGUAACUCAAGACAGCAGCAGUCACAUUGCACCUUUAUUAUCAUUAUGUAACAGCAUUCCAUUCAUACUCGGGAACUAUAAAUGGAAAAUCGACUGUGAUGAGUCUGACAAGGAGCAGGUUUUCUAGAUGCUGCUUAUCACUGGUAUCUGAACUGAAUGUAACCUUCGGUUCAUGUUCUCCACUUGGUGUAAGACAUUGUAAAGAUUAGAUGUGCAGCACAAAAAGGUCUCGCCUCUCCCAUGCAUCAACUAUUUAAACAAUUUCAUGCUACGGGUAAUGAUGUCCAAUAACGUCAUCCAUUACUGCCAUCCACCAAGAGACGAAGCUCGCUAUCACCGGUCAAGCGUAAGGCAGGAACGAUCGCCUUAAUGUUUUGAAUAUAUUGCCGUACUGUGCAUGCCUGGCUUAUUAAGUCUCCGCAGUAUGACUUCACAGCUUCUCCACAGAAGCUGCACCGACCUUGCAUCUCUUUGGAUAUGGGACUAAAGGUUCAGCCUGAACGGAGAUCCACUCUACCUCAUUAAUAACAAUUUCCCCCGCAACAAUAGGAGGUCAUUCGGUUUAAAUCCCGGGGCGCAUGCUUCACUCAGCCUGACAAAAGGAAAAUUUCUGCGGCAAAUGGCCAUCUGUAACCUGGCGGUGUCUUCUUGCUGAUCUGUGGCAGUGAUGGCUGCGGCAUCAUCCACACCAUACAGUGAGAUCCAAAGGCGGGACUGCAGUUAUGGGGCUCAUCAGCAGCAGCGUGGUCUCGCCAUGAGUUCAUCACCGAGUCCCAGUCCCAGCCCGACUUCCCCAGAUGGAGUUUUUCUGAGGAAGAGGAGGAUCACCCCUCCAGAGAUACAAAUCAGUUCAGAGAAUGGCAACACCAGACGAUGGAUGCUGCAUAAGAUGAGACUGCAAACCCUAUCCCUUGAGAUUGAAGCUGCAGAGACUUGUCAGUGGUUGAGGGCAGCCGGCUUCCCGCAGUACGCACAGAUGUUUGAAGAAUGUAUGUUUCCGAUAGACAUUUCUUCAGUGGAGCGGGAUCACGAUUUCCUGGAUCAGGAUCUGCUAGAUGCGGUCACAAGGAGGCUUCAUAUUCUCAACAAAUGUUCCAGCAUGAAGAUUGAGGCUCCUCUGCACAGAUCUGGUGAUGAUUCGGAUGAAGAGGAUCAAUGUGCAAUCAGCAACAAGUGGAAAUAUACUCGUAGCAGCCGGCGGUGGUCCCGCCGCAUGACCGACGACGAAUAUCCACCACUUUCCCCUGACACCGUAGGAUCAAAUUCUGCUGAGGGUUCCCCGACCCUCACCCACACGCCGGCCACAAGGCUAGACAGUAGCAGCCGGGACAGUCUGGUGACCACCGACAACGAGGGUUACACCAGCGCCAGCAGCUUUGACAGUCCUGCCGUCAUCCACAAGAGCUACCGCAGCAGGGGUAAGCGGCAGAGCCCUAACGAGAUCACCUGCUCAACCUCGUUGGGCAACCGAAGCUUGAGCCCGACUCGAAGGACUCCACCCCAGUCUCCACCAGCCAUGCUGUCCUUGGGGGAGGAUGGACCACGAAAUGCCAUCAUUGAGAUCUCCUCACCGGUAACGGUGAAGAGAAAGACACCCGAGGAAGAACAAGGCUCCAAGGACCGGAUGAAAGGAGCCAAGAACUUCUUAAAGCGGUUAGACAGCUUGAAGCUGAAGCGUGGAUCUAGCCUGCGGGGAAGCAAACGAGGGAAGGAACCCAAGGAGGCACUUGUAAUCAGUGAACCCAUCGCGAAUGACCAGGGAGCAAUGAAGCGGAAGAUAGAGCUCUUCAACUGUGUAGACUUGGACGAGGCAAGGCGAGCCAAGUCAACCUCACCGCGCUUCACGCCUCUCACGCCACCCCCGAUGCGCAGGAGGGCAACCACAGCGGAAAAGAAAAACUCUGAGAAGAGAAAAGGGCGAGUGUUCUCCGAACCCAGCUCUCCCAUGUUGAGCAGGAAGAUUGACAGGCAUUUCUAUAGGGAACUGGAAGAAGCCCACAUGACCAUGAUCACUAAGAAACUGACCCUAUCGGAUGUCCGAAAUAACAACGACGAGGGGGACAGGGAGUUUGUUCUCAGCCCUGAUAAGUCUUCAGAGUUGGACAUUUCGCCCGCCUCCUCGCCAGGAACACUUGAGAGGAAGUUGAGUUGUUGCGGAACGGUCAGCUGCCAGUGCCAAUCUUGCCAGGACAAAGGUGCUCCUUGGAGCUCCAGCGAGGAGCUGCUAUUGCCUAAACAGGCACAGACGGCUUCUCCUUGGACCAAUAGCGUCUACGAUAACAUCCCCAGGACAAUGCAUUCCAGUGGAGAGCAUAGUGGCUCCAGCACCCAGAUCGCAAUUGCAGAGUGCGAAUUCCUAAGGCAGAUCUACAAUCUGAAGAACAUUGGAACGGAGCCAUCGGCGGUAGCGUCAAACCAACCGCAACCGUUUGCCUCAAUGUUGACCCCUGCCACCGAUGGGACAUCCCGCCCGCACCACCGCAGCCAGUCCUCCGUCUCCAGGACUCACUUUGAGACCGAGAAGCAGGACAUCCUUACCAACAUCACGCAGCUGCUCAUCGCCGAGAAGAACCUGGACGACGACCACCUGACGGUUCCAGUCAUGCGCAAGAGGACGCGCAGCAACAGUCUGCCGGACACGCGACCGUGCAGCAUGCAGGUGCAGAAUGUGACCAGGUUUGAAGGUGCCGACCCGGAACUUGACGGCAUCAACACCGAGUUGGAGAAACUGCUCAACGGGAUCAACCAGAGUUUGCAUGAGAUGCAAGAAAACUUAAGAAGGGAUGAGGGCAGUCUGUCUUCAGCCUCUUCCCACUCCCAAGUCUCGUCACCGGUCUACUCUCCCGUCUCGUCCAACUUUACCUCCCCGCUCCCCUCGCCUCUACCCUCACCCCUACUGACCCAGUCUGGCUCCCAAAAGGACCUCGUGUUUGGUGCGCUAUCCGGCAGUCAGGAGACCAGACCAGAUCAGCCUGCACCCACCCCUACCAGCAUUGCCGUGACGUCGACAAGCGAGGGCGAUACCACGACGGGAUCCACUGAGGACAGUUUGGAUAUGACCAAUAUGGCUACCGGCAUGAGGGAAAGGAGGGAUUCUGGCGUGGGCAACUCGCUCACUCGUCCUAGUAGCAGUGGUAAGAGGCCAAGAAUCAGAUGGCACAGUUUCCAGAAGUCUCACAGGCCGAGUCUGAACUCGAGGCCAUUUCAAAUCUCGGGUCUUUCGGUAAGCCAGUUGCUGAUCCUACGCAAGUUGUCGCUCCUCAAGCUAACGUCGUUGAUGGAGAGGCAUUCAGUCACACACAGAAGUGGAUGGAGCUGGAUGAUGCCCCGCUUCAUGAAGCGAAUCAAGAGCCCUGACUUCAAGGAUCGCAACAUCUUCGGCGUUCCCCUGCUGCACAUCCUCCAGACCACGGGCCUGCCGCUGCCCCAGAGCAUCCUGUACGCGAUGCGAUUCCUCCGCCGGACCUCCGGCGAUGCGGUGGGCAUCUUCCGCAAGCCUGGGGUCCGGUCCCGCAUCCAGCAGCUGAAGAGACUGAAUGAGAGCAAUCCAGAUAACAUGAGUUAUGAAGACACAACAUCAUAUGACGUGGCCGACAUGUUGAAACAGUACUUCCGGGAUUUGCCUGAACCUGUUGUUACUACCAAGCUGUCUGACACAUUCAUUAGCAUCUUCACAUCUGGAAUGCCCAAGGACCUGCGUUUAUCAGCCGUCCAAGCAGCCAUCAUGCUUCUGCCAGACGAGAACCGAGAGGUCCUGCAAUCCCUGCUGCUGUUCCUGAGCGACAUCGCCGAUCACUCAAACGAGAACCAGAUGACGGCCUACAACCUGGCUGUCUGCUUCGCCCCCUCGUUGUUCCAGCUGGGCAAGAGCCCCACCCCACCCAACCGCAACAUCAGCAGCCCUCGGCGCACCCGCAAGAUGGCCACCUCCCGGCCCGACCAGAAGGAGCUGAUUGAGAAUGUGGCGGCCAACGAGUGCCUGGCGCUCAUGAUCCGAGAAGUCAAGAAACUAUUCAUGGUGCCGGAAGACCUGAUGACCAAGUGCCACUUCUCCUACAUUGAUCUGGGCGAGCCGGUGGAGUUGGAGGAGCUGGGGCGGAAAAGCUGCGAAGAGCCAGGCGACUACAUGAGUCACAUGGAGAGCUGCCUGCAAGGACUGCUCAAGGAGUCCAGAGACAAGUUCAAGGGUUGGGUCACAUGCCCAGCGGUAGACAAUGUGGACGUUGCCUACAAGAAGGUUGGCGACGGCCACCCACUCAGACUGUGGAAAUGCACGGUAGACAUUGGUGCCCCGCCAGCUGAUAUCCUACAGAGAGUCCUAAGAGAGAGACAUCUUUGGGAUGAGGAUUUGGUCAAGUGGCGGACAAUUGACACCCUGGAUAAGACCACCGAGGUGUUUCAGUAUGUAGUCAACUCAAUGGCUCCCCAUCCAUCCAGGGACUACUGUGUCUUGAGGUCCUGGAGAAAUGACCUUCCCCGGGGAACCUGCGCCCUGGUCUCCACUUCCAUCGAGCAUCCGGACGGCCCGCUCAUGGGAGGGGUGCGCGGCACCGUCCUGGCCUCCCGUUUCCUGAUCGAGCCCUGCGGCUCGGGCAAGUCCCGCCUGACGCACAUCUGCCGGGCCGACACCAAGGGGCGGACGGUGGACUGGUACAACAAGGCCUUCGGCCACAUCAUGGCCAGGCUAGUGGGCAAGAUACGGGACCUGUACGUCCACGAGGCAGAGGGGCCCGAGACUAAAGUCUGAAGUGUACUCCGGCCCAAAUUCACAAAUCCUGUCAAAAAUUCCUGUAAUGUGACUGGCCCUUUAGAUCUAUGGGUCUUGCUUGAUGUCACAGUGAUAAAGUGAAAUCGUAGGCUAUAAGUGACAACACGCUUAAAGCGAUAACAUGUUUUCAAUCCAUAUCUACUUACGUUAUUGUGCUACUGGUUGCUUGGUGCAGUACCCGUCUAUGGUGUGGAUAUGUCGUGUUUGUUCAUUCCACAUUUGUCACACAGAGGUGUUUAAAUGUAUAUCUGUUACCACACUGUGCUCAGGAGACAAAAUCAAGUGUUUGCUCGAAGUCAAUGAAAUUAUUGAGCAAAAUAUCUUUGAUCACCCAGUAAAAAAAUAAUCGAAAUGUGGUUUUACGCAGUUAGUUAGAUGUUCAAGCAACACUCAAAAUUGACUUCCAAUCAAAAACUGUGAAAUUGAGUUUUAACCAGUUCACGCCGGAGGCCUGUAUACACGCAAAGGUUUUGCGGUAUUCGGAACGGAUGAUGGAUAAACACGCAAUGAGCGGGGCCAGAAACAUCUGUCAGCAACCCACUCGUAGCGAGCGAGGCCGGAAAUAUGAGUGUGCUGCCCGAGGGUGAUGGCUUCAACCCGCCUGGCCUGAGGUCGAGUGAGAAGUAAUCCCACGCCUCGUUCCGUUCUUGUCAAAAUAAUCCCAGCGUGAACUGGUUAAGUUUAUGAGUGUUUCCCGAAACAACAGUGAGAGAUCAUCAGUGCAAGUAACAAAGCACGAAAUUAACUAAAAAAAUUACCAAUAAUUUGCCUUUGGCAAACAAAUAUCUUACAACUGCACACAGCAGUGUAAUCAAUCAUGAAGCUUCUUUUGGAGAAAAGAAGUUUAAAAAAAAUUUACUUUGUUCAAUAAAUUGUACUUCAAUGAAUUGUUUUCAACUUGUGCUCUCGCUUCUCAUGUGCAUUUAUUAGAAGUGACAAUCUGAACAAGUAAACAAAGGUGUAUUUAUGUAGAAACGAAAAAAUGUUGAUGUAUGUACUCAGGUAUAUUUUAUUGUGAUGCAUAAUUGUUCGCCACAGUGAACCUAAAUAUAUGUGUAUAGUAUUUAUAUUAUAUAACCAUUGUACAGUCUAAAUUAUGUACAUAAAAACAGAGAACCUAUAAUCCCGAUAGAAGAAACUAACACACACCAUUUUAUGGUUAGAAAUGCUAUUUUUUAAUAUUUUUGUCAUUCUUAAAAGAAAACAAAUCCUUUCUGUAAUCAACUCAUUCAUCUGUUUUUAUCGUAUUUUUUUAACAUCCCAAAUUAUAAAAUUAUGAAAUGUUCAUCACAGAAGACUUUUUUUAUUGAGGGGUAUACAUGUAUUUGAAUUCUACAUGCAAUGGCAUUCAAAAUUGUCCUGGAAGAUUAAAUCAGCAAUUUCAAUACAGAAACCAAACCAAUUUUGUUGAAUGUACUUUUUUUUCACAUCAUACCAACAUUUGCAAGAAUGAUGUGAAAAAUCAAAUCUACCGGUAACUUGACAUGUUGAAAAGAUACAUAAAGAACAUGAUUUUCAAAUGAUAUAAGAACUCAUGUUUCACUUUUAAGUUAGUUCCUUUUCUUUAAUGCUAGACUUUUUCUCUCCCAUUUCCACAUAUUUUAGUAGUGUAUUGCCGCCAAUCCUUGCCGUCUAGUACCCCGUGUUCCAUGGUUCAAUUUGUACAUAAAACUGCACAAUUAUCAUGGGAUUCUUAAUGUGAAGAAAUCCAUAGAACUGUCUAUCAAAAAAUGGUUUCUGAGUAAUAUAUUUGUGCUACAUGGCAGUUCCUGCACAAUAACAGCAUGGAUUAUAAUUUUUGAGAAUAGUUAUUGUUGUCAACAUUUGUUUUAGUCAUCAGUUUGGUAAAAAAAAAAAACAUAUUUAGUGAUUUUUUGGGGGGGGAACUGACCUUUGACGUAUUCAUAUUCUGGGUCUAUCUUUGGUAUUUAGAUGUGUCUUGGUUUUCUUCUUUUGUUGCUUUUUGACUCCGAUGUUUUUUCUUGUCAACAAAAAUUGAUGCAUUGUGCUGGAACGUUACCCAAUUUUUAACAGAAGACAUGCCAUACAAUCAUACAUGCAGCCUUUUUUUCCUUCAACUUUGAGCACUUUACAUUUUCAAACUUUUGUUCCAAAAAGUUCAUUUUUCCCCUUCCAGAAUAUAUCUUGAAUUCUACCUAAAAUAUAAGCACUGCCAUGGUUCACUUUGUCACAUGAUUAGGUAUCAUGUGACUCACUUUGUCACAUGACUAGGUAUCACGUGACCUAGUCUCAAAGGAAGAAUGAAGAACACUUUAAAACGUACAUGCGUCGCGUGUACAUUUAGACCCAUCACAGUUUUCAGACUGUCCCCUGGAAUUAUAUUCAUUUUGUAUUCUUCACUGUCUUAUUUUCGGACCUCAAAAAAAACCCAAGUAUUCUCUAAACCCAUUCAGCAUCUGGUUGAAAUGCAUUAGUAGGCACUGGAUGUCUUGAUGUUGCUGUUCCGUUAGUGGUGCAAAACUUUACCCGGCACCACCCUUUUCCUUGCUCCAAAUAUGUCGCUAUACCACUGGUUGUAACGUACUUACAUGCACAAGAGUGUGUAUCUCUAUAUCUAACGUAAGCUUGCACUUUCUUGUGAUGAUAUAUACUGUGCUCAUUAAAAACAAAAAAUAAGCCUGUAAAAUUGCUGGCAUAAAACAACACGCUUAAGUAUGUGACAUGCACAAGUGUACAAUGUGGUCAGAUGUCGUCGCAGAGGUGUUGGUGUCAUGGUGCAGUAUUUAUUGGAUAAAUGUUUCCGAGUCAUUCUGACUUUUGGAACACAUGUUUAUCACUAAUUCACCUUGUAUUUAAAAUAGUAUGAGUGUUUUACCAGUAGUCGUGAAUUAUUUGUACGUGGGUGGGAUAUUGGUUCGGAAAAAAAAAGUCUUUUAUUGCAAUCAAGUGACUUUUUUUCUGGUUGCAUGAACACAUCACAGUAAACUGGAGGCAAUGGACCAGUAGUUUUAGUUAACAUAAUGACAUAUGAUUUCUGUCAGAAGUGUCUUUAUUUUUUUUAUUUUUAAAUAAAAAGGAACUCAUAGCAGGAAAAACUUAACAGCGUUAACAAAACAUGAUACCUGCAAGUUACCUCUGUUUGUGAAACAGAGCAGUAAGCUUUUAGGGUUGUAUGUAGCCACGGCUUUUGAGAGUAAUUAUUUUACAAAAAACAAGGACAUUUCUUAUAACUGAUAUCGAGGAUAUGAAAAAGCGAACAUGUCUUCUUCAAAGGUGCUAGUACAUCUAUAUGACAUUUUCGUUCCGUGAAACUUAUGUCAAUUUAUUGUCAGCCCGUGUGUACUCGUGAGACAAAACCAUUUAAGAUUGCAGCUGAUUUACCUGUAGUUUAAAUGUCAGCACUUUCAGAAUUCACUCAUGGAUCUCAAGUUGAAAAAAAAAAUCAGUUAGUGAAUCAUUCAUUGGUAAUGCCCCACUUAAAAAUAUUUUUAAAAUGCAUAAUUUCUUACGGAUGGGGGGGGGGGGGGGUAUUUAGUUUGUGCACAGUCUUCAGCAACACAGUUCUUUCUUGAAGAGAUUGCCACAAAAUCACCAUUUGCAUUUACCCUGAAAUCGUUUAUGAAAACCAAACCAGACAUGGGAGAAGUUUUGACAAAGCUGAUCAAUAGAUUAAGAACGCCAAAUUGUGUUAAGAAUAAAUCCGCAUAUUAGAAACGUCAGGUUUAAUUGGAAUAGCGUGUGCUUUUCCAAGUCAAUUGAACCAUUUUAGGCUGGAGUCUACCUCGCUAACUUCUGGGAUAGACUAAAUGAAUAUAAGAUAUGAAAUGUGUAUUGUUUAACAGGGUAACCUCUAUGGAAAAAUAAGCAGUCCUCUCACAACUGAUAAAUGAAAUUCUGUCUUUCAAAUUUGUCUUUCUUUUUUUUUUUUUCUUCCUUUUUUCCUUUCUUGCUCAGCAUCCUAAAAAGAAAAAUUGACUACCUCCACAUUUGUGUCAGUGUCACACAGGCAUUUGAGAAUGAAACCGAAAAACAGUAGCUGUUCAAUUUUGUUUUUGUUUUGUUUUGUUUUGACAACUUGUAUCUCGGGUGUAUAUAUACAGUCUUGAUGUAUUGUUAAAAGUUUCAGUGAAACUAAUUAAAUAAACAACUAUGUAUUUCAUUUGGUGUUUUAUUUAUUCUCGAGACAGGCUUAUAGUACGGUGAUAAAUUGUAACCUAUCACGUUAUGUUAAUUAUUUGUAAUUUGCUCUGAUUAAAUGCAAUAUAAUGGAAUCAUCAAUGUAUAAUGUUAAGAUUGUAUUAACAGAGACAACACAAAAUAAACUGUGCUAUAAUAAUGGAAA